AUGGCCAGAAGGUCCAGAAACUUUGACGGAUGCUGGACGUGCCGACUACGCAAAAUUAAAUGUGAUGCCACUCGUCCCAUAUGUCUCCGCUGCCGAAAAGCUAACCUUACAUGCAAAGGCUACAGCAUAGUAUUGGCUUGGGCAGAUCCACUCACCUUGAGCCACUCUGGCCACAUGAUAUCUGUUCCCAUGGCUAGAGGCUCUUCUCAGGAUGACAGCGGUCUGCGCCGUAAUGUCGAUCUUGUGAAGUUUCCAAAGAGUCUGCAAUUCGAGAGCUUUGACCAUUUGAAUAGCGUGGUGCUACUGAUCGACGAUCGUUCGAAAGACCUUGAGGUUGGCGCCUACUUUGAUGGUCCAUUCGGUGUAUAUGUGCCAGGCGAAAGUGCUGUUCAACCUGUGUCCAUGUCUGAAACAACGACAAUUGACACCAGAAGUGAUAACACUGCAACUUCUCACCUUGGAAACCCUCCAGAAUACAGAAAGGUACUUUUGAACGACUCUGCUACCUUUCCUAGCACGAUUCGGACAGCAGUAAUUCGUCCAGGUUCGGUUUCUAAAUCCAUUCCAAUCACCCAAACACCUCUCGUAUCUCAUCCUCCGAGAACGGCACCUUCUCCAGAGGUGCUCGGCUACGAUUAUCGACUAGAAGAGCCGGAAACGUCUAUUUUCUCUGAAACCGAUAAUUCCUAUGUUCAUUUUGAUCUUCUUGACCUGGCCAAACUCACCAUUUUGGCCAUUAAAGGUCCACGGUUCGAAUUUAGUGAACAAAGCAUGUUUCAUAUUCUUUAUCCUAAGUUUUUCCCCAAUAUGGAGUCGGACGAAUGGCGUCCUGGUAGUAAGGUUCUUCUGAAUUACUUUGAGGCUCAGAAUGGCGGUGGAGUAGUAUUGAAGCCACUUUUGGUGGAAUCCUCCUCAUACAUAACGGCCGAGCUGAUAUCUUUUGUUCGGGUAGCCCAUCCGAACAAUCCAUGGGACUUGUGGGUCGUCCCGCUUAUCAAAACAGUCAUUUAUGAGCUUGUGUGUGAGGAUUAUGCCCGGAACUGUCAUUGGCGGAACCAUUUCAUCAAUAAGUCUGCCACUGAGGUGUCUCGCGAUCUCUUGAUCAGAAAUAUCAAGCUAGCGAUCUUAUGUAUGGUGCUUUCAUCGAGUGCUUUCCAGAAAUCGCUGCUUAGAGGCUAUAAGCAUGCCAAUGCCGUCAAUUCCUACUAUUUGGACGAUGAUAUGCGACGCAGUAUCGAACUAAGAAAAGUUGGUAUAAAUAUGUUGAACUACCACUUGGAUGAGUACGAUAACAAUUCGGAGUUUGAAGACAAUGACGGCUAUGACACUUAUAUGAUGCUAGCGUUAAUGUUGCAGGUGCAGCUGGAUAAUGCCUUCGGAGUAUUUGAAAAUUACGAGCUUAUCUUUGCUAUCGGUGAUUUUAUCCUCAAUAAGAAAGCCAAGGAUGCAUUUUCUCCUGUUGCAAAGUAUCUCCGAAACGUUUUCCAUGUUAUUAAUAUAUUCUAUGAAUCCACUCAGGCAAUUAACUUCUUCAACUUUGCCAUUUCUGAAAAGGAAAGGAAUCUCAAGUACCUGGACCUCAAUGAGAAUUAUGAUCUCAUUCGAGACGACAGCAGUUACGAUAAAGAAGAUGAUUUUGAAUCAGAUAAUGAAUAUAUUCAAAGAAAACAUAAAGAUAUUCGAGUGGCAGCGCUGAGUGAUAAGUCCCACCCAUUUUCAUUCACAGUUUACUUCAACAAAAAUACUGAAUCUGAGCUAAGUGCGUCGGAAGAACCAACGGAGGCGGAACCAAAAGAAGAAACUCCAAAAAAAUCUUCUCGAAAACGUCAAAUUCACACCCCUUUGACUCCACUGUUAAAAGAUGCAUCCAUGUAUGUCAGUUGGGGAUUGCCAAAAUCGUUGAUUCAAUUAUUGCAUGAGGUGACACAAUUGGCCAACCAUAAGAACGUUUUUCAAAGUAAAGGCGUUACACCUCGAAACUUUCCAAGAUUAUGUGCUGAGUUGGAAGACAAGAUCAUGAACUGGAAUGUGGAGGACCACUGGAAACUCCACCACAACGAAUUCAACCCGAUCUCAAAUGUGGCUACAAAAGUGUUUAUUUCCAGCUUCCACGAGGGUCUCUUUUACUACGUCACUAGUUUUCAAAAUGCGUUGUUGGUUUAUUAUAAACGAUUGAUACCCGGGAAUCCUAUCCAGGCUUACCAGGAAAAUAUUGAGAAAUCAUUGGAAGCCAUGGAAAAAUUGCUAGUAUUAGAUGUGAAGGAAAAAGUGCAAUUUUCUCCAUCUUUCUGGCCUUUGCUAAUAUGUGGAUGCGAUAUUGAUCUUCCAAAGCGUGUAGACUUACAAGAAAGAUGCCAGAAUCUCUGGAAAUUUGAAUGCUUCAAGAAGUACAAUUACUGGCGGUCCAAACAAAUCCUCUAUGAAAUUUGGAGCCGGAGAACUCAAGAGGGUGAGAAUUUGGGAUUCAUGGACAUGAUCCGCGAGUGGGACAUUGUGCUAUGUCUCGGGUGA